AUGCGGCAAGGUCGUCGUUCAGUUCUUUUGCACUUCGCUCUGUUGACGCAACAAUAUAUUAUCGAUAUGUACAUUAAAUUGGAGACUUCUCGGUUGGAUUACUACAGAUCUGAACAGUUACAACGUGAGAUUCGUACUGAAUCCUAUCAGGGUGUUGUUGACAGUCUGUCUAUUGAACGUGAUAUUCAGUCUUCUGAUAUUGGUAAGAGGGUGGUUUUGCCGUCUUCAUUCAUUGGUGGACCUACGGACAUGCGCAGGCAGUACGUGAAUGCUAUGGCUUUGGUCGAACGCUUUGGGAAGCCCGAUAUUUUCUUAACUAUGACCUGCAACCCCCCUUGGAAAGAAAUUCAAGACAAUUUGCUUCCUGGGCAAAAACCUCAUGAUAGACCAGAUUUAAUAGCCCGUGUUUUCAGGAGUAAGCUGGAGGAGCCGAAGCAUGACAUUGUAGUACGCGGGUUGUUUGGCAAGGUCGCAGCGUACGUGUACACUGUCGAGUCUCAAAAGCGUGGUUUGCCUCACUGUCACUGGGUCAUUAUACUGGAUGCUCAUCACAGAAUGACCUCCGCAGCUGCAUAUGACAAAUUUAUCUCCGCAGAAUUGCCUGACACUUCUCAUCAAUUUUUGCGUGCUUAUGUUGUUAAGCAUAUGAUGCACGGUCCUUGUGGUGCCUCAAAUCCAGGUAACUCGUGCAUGCAUGAUGGUAAGUGCAAGAAUCAUUAUCCCAAGGAUUUCUCACCAUCUACUGUGCACGGUAAAAAUUCUUACCUUAAUUAUAGAAGAAGGGAUGAUGGCACAACUGUAGUUCUUCGCAACGUGCGUCUUGAUAAUCGAUAUGUUGUACCUUAUUGUCCUUUGUUACUAGCCAUGUUUGAUUGCCAUAUAAAUGUCGAGAUAUGUGCUGAUAUCAAGUUGGAGCCAAUCAAUCGUUGGAGCAGAUUUUAG